GUCACAUUCAACUCAGCUGGGUAUCUGUAGCCUUAUAGUCUACUAUAUAGUUAUUCUAUUGAUUCAGUACGAUAGCAUUAUAACAUACUUUCUUACUAACAUUAGCAGAUGAAAGAAAAUUUAUAUUGAAGAAUUACGAUUAGUUGUUUAGGCUUUAUACUAGUCAUCUGUUAAAGAUCUUAUAGGUUAGGUUAUUUAUAUUUCAGAAUGAUUUUUAAAAACUGUUGCCAUAGUUUUGUUCCUGUUGUUUGUGUCAUCGUCUGCAGCAAAUUUCUUACGUGUGCCGCUAUAUAAAAUCCAGUCAGUGAGGGACCAUCUGCGAGAAGUGGGCACAGAUUUGACCAAUGUAAGAUUGCGAUACAGUAACGACCCUGUCCCAGAGCCUCUGUCCAAUUAUCUUGAUGCACAAUACUAUGGUCCGAUUACAAUUGGAACUCCACCCCAGAACUUCAAGGUGGUCUUUGACACAGGAUCCUCUAACCUAUGGGUGCCAUCUAAGAAAUGCAGCAUCAUGAACAUAGCAUGUUUGUUACAUAACAAAUAUAACAGCAAGACUUCAUCCACUUAUCAAGCGAAUGGGGAGAAGUUUGAGAUUCACUAUGGCUCUGGCAGUCUAUCUGGCUUCCUCUCGGCUGACACUGUCAAUAUUGGUGGUCUGGCCAUAACAAACCAGACAUUUGCUGAAGCGGUCAAUGAACCAGGAUUGACGUUUGUUGCGGCCAAGUUUGACGGCAUUCUGGGUCUGGCUUAUGACUCUAUCUCUGUGGACAAAGUAGUUCCUCCUCCCUUUUACAACAUGGUUCAACAGAAACUCGUGGAUAAGGCAAUCUUCUCUUUCUACCUCAACAGAGAUCCCUCAGCUCCAGAAGGUGGAGAGAUUAUCUUUGGUGGGUCCGACCCAGCCAAGUACAGUGGUGACUUCACCUACCUCCCUGUAGACCAUCAACAAUACUGGCAGUUUCACAUGGACAAAAUCAUGGUGGGUGACCAGCCGUUCUGCAAGGAUGGGUGUGAGGCCAUCGCGGAUACUGGCACCAGUCUCAUUGCAGGCCCUGUGGCCGAUUGAACUGCCAUCAAUAAAGCUAUCGGAGCCACACCGAUUAUGGGUGGCGAGUAUGUG